ACAGUUUCCAUGGCAACAUGCUUACAGGCAACAUGGAGUUCCUGCAGUGGAGUUGUCAUGAUGUUGCAAGAUGGAUUGAGUCUUUAGGAUUUCCACAAUAUAAAGCAUGUUUCACGGAGAACUUCAUCACCGGAAGAAAGCUAAUUUAUGUAAAUUGCAUCUACAUGCCGAGACUGGGAAUCACAGAUUAUAAAGACAUGCAGGUAAUCUCUGCUCGAGUACGUGAACUACUGGGGAUCACAGAGACCCUGUGGAGUCGCAGCAUCGCUGACCCUUCACGGGACAACAUGGGCCUGUUCUUGGAGAAAAAGAGCCGGACAGGUGAGCGGGCAGACAGCCUCACCUACCAGCGUUUCGUGGAUGACAGGCGUCAGUGAGACAGAGAGAAAGAGAGAGAGAGGGCCACGGCAUGAAUCACAACAGUAAAGUAGCGCAGCAAAAAAAAAAAA